AUGAUGUUGAAUAAUAAUAUAACAACGUUAGCUUUAAACAUACCAAAAGAUAAAAAAAAAAAAUGCUAUAACCUUUUCAUAAAAAAAGUGAAAGUUUUGUUAUUUUAUAUAAAAAAAAGAGUUAUUGAUAUAUCAUGUUAUUUAAAAAGUUAUAGCUCUAAAAAUCGUUAUCCUUUUUACGACGAUCCAUAUGAUUAUGAGGAGAAAUAUGAAAAAGGAAAGAAUGUAUAUGUAUAUGCAUUAUUAUAUCCUAUAAUAAAUAGUUUAUAUAAUAUUAUAAAUCUAUUGUAUACUAUAUCAUUGAAAUAUUUUUUAUAUGUUUUCUUUAACGCUAUUAGAAAAAAGAAAAGAAACAAAUUGAAUGAUAAUAUUAAUAGAAUAAAAUUAGAAAGGAAUAAAACGCUUUUGAAAAAUUAUGAUCGUUGUAUAUUUUUAACAAAUGAUAUGAAUAAUUGUAUAUCUCACAAACAGAUUAUAGAAAUCUGUAAGAAUUUUAUAAUCAAUGUAAUAUAUGAUGUAGAUAAUUUAGAAUUUGAUAAUAAUGAUAAGGAUAAAAUAUAUAAAUGUUUAAAUAAUUGUGAGAAUAUAAAUAGAAUGAAAGAAAUUUUCAUAAAAAAAAUUAAGAAUUUAUAUAAUUUUGAUUUUGAAAAUGCUCUAUAUAUAAGUGACGAAUCAUUAAUAAAAAGAAAAUUACAUUUUAAAAAUACAUAUGAAAGUAAUCCUUUUUCUUUUUAUAAAAAUAAAGAAAAAAAAGGAAAAUAUGAAAAAAAAUUGGAUCUUAUAAAUAUGUAUGAUGAACUAUAUCUUCAUGCAUAUAUUAUCAGAAAUAAUAUAAAUAUAAAAAAUAGCAAGAAUAUUAUAAAGAAUGUGUAUAAUAAAAAUAUCUUUUCUAUAUUAAUUAAUAUAUUCUUUAAAAACUGUACAAAUGUUAUAUUUGUAAUUUUUGUAAUAGCAUGUAUAUUUCAACAAAUACGAAUAAUUAAAACUAGUCAUUAUAUAUAUUUUGUGCAAAUCUUUUAUUUUAUAUUUAUAUGUUGCAUAUUAAGAGAUAUAUGUAUUAUUAAAAAGAAGAGAGAACAUAUCAAACAGAUAAAAAGGAAAACGUACAAACGACUUACACCUUUGGGGUUAAUAGAUGUCCUUUAUUGUGAUAUUAAGGUUGGAGACAUUUUGUAUAUACCCCAAUUUGAGGUAAUACCAGCUGAUAUAAUUUUACUAAAAAAUUGUACGAAUGAUGAUAUAUUAAUUUCGUCAAAAAAUCAUGAUGGAUAUAAAGAUUUAAAAAUAAAGAAAUGUGUAAAGGUAACUAAUAUAUUAGCAAAUAUUUAUGACCUAUUUUUAAUGAAAAUAAAAAUUCUUGUUGAAAAACCUCAUUGCCAUUUUGAUCGAAUGAAAGGAUUAUUAUUGUUGUUAAACUCUAGUGAGGUUACUAACACAAUUGUAAAUGAUAUAACAACUUUAGAAAAUAUAUAUUUUGGAAAAUCAAAUAUAUAUAAUAUGAGGAACAAGGAUAUUAAUAAGGAUAAUAUCUCAAUAUGUCAAUUUAGUUUUAUAUAUAUCAUACAAGAUACGUAUGUUGAAUUGUAUUAUAAUUUUCUUAAAUAUUUAUUUGCUAGGUGCAUACUUUGUUCAAAUAACAGAGUGGAGGAAAAUAAAACAAAUAAAAUGUUGAGUUGUAGUCAUUUUUUUUUGAAUAAUACAAAGGAUAUUUCAACAAGACAGCUUCAAAAUAAUCAUAAUAAUAAUAUUAAUAGUUCUUAUUUUAAAGGAAAUGAAAAAAGUAUUCAUUCUAGUAGUGAUAGUUGUAGUUAUAGUAGCGAUAUAUAUUUAUGUAUGAAUAAAAUAGAUUCGUAUCCUAUAUUUCACAAUUUGAAGGAUGAACAUAUAAAUAGUAAAUAUGAUGUUAUAAAACAUGACGGAAAUAAUAAAAAAGUAGAAAGAAUUAAGUCAGAUUAUAUAUCAGAAGAGUAUAAUAAUAGAUUUGGUACUUAUUAUGAUGAUAUUUUUAAUUUAAAAGAAAAAAUAAAUAAUAAAUUAUUUAGAAAAUAUAAGGAGUCCAUAAAUAUUGAUAAUGUAAUAUGGGAUGAAUGUAGGCUUAUUCAAAGUUCGAUUUAUGGUUUAGUUAUAUAUACAGGUAUAGAUAAAAAGUCUAAUAUUAUAAAUCAAAAUAAUAAAAUAAAAGAAAAGAGAAAAAACGAUAUUUUAUUUUUUAAUGAUAUUAAUUAUAAAAUGAAAAUAUUAUUACUUACAGUUAUAUCUAUUAAUUGUAUUCUUUCUAUAAAUGAACAAAAUAUAUUAGACCAAAAUAUAUUUCUUAUAUAUAUAAAAUAUUUCUUUUUAUUAUUAUUUCAUUUACCAAAUAUUAAUUGUUGUUAUAUAUUUAUUAUUCAUAAGUUAUAUUCAUUUAUAUUAUGGACUAAUAAUAAUAAUAAUAUAAUAAUAAAUACAAAUAUACAUACAAAUACUAAUACACAUACACAUACACAUACACAUACACAUACACAUUUUAAUACACAUACAAAUAUAUAUACACAUACAAAUGAAUACAAAAGGGAUGAUCAUUUUAAUAAUUAUAUAAUAUAUAACUAUAAUAUAAUGAAAUCUUUGUAUAACACACAAUACAUUUUAUACGAUAAAAUUGGUACUUUAACAAAAGAUAAUCUUCUUAAAAUACACAAGUUUGAUUUUAUAUUUGAUGAAUUUUUAAUAGAUACAUAUAGUGCUCUCUUCUUUCAAACCUUCUUCAAAAUUGUAGAUUUCAAAAAAUUCUUUUCCAACAAUAUAAAUGAGAAUAAUGAUAAGGAGAUCAAUAAAAUGAUAUUACAUAAUAUUGAUAAAAACUAUGAUACUUAUAAUAUUAUAAAAGAUACUUCUAAAGUAUAUAAAAAUAUUUUUAAUAAAAUAUUAAGUUAUAGUUCUAGUGAAAUCAAUAAAAUAUUCUUAACAUUUUUAUGUAUAUUAUUUUGUAAUGAUAUUAUAAUAACAAAAGUGAAACGUUUAAAAAAAGAGGAGAAAAUAAAAGAAAGAGACAUAUAUAAUAUUAAAGAUACACAUAUAUAUAAUAUUAAAGAUAAACAUAUAUAUAAUAUUAAGCAUAAAAUAUUAUUUUCAACAAAAGAAGAUGAAACUUUAUUUUUGAAUUUUUUAAGGUUUUUAGGAAUACAGUUAUAUUAUAAAAAUGAUUAUAUGUUUCUCCUUUGUAUAAAAAAUAAUAUAUCUUUAAAAAGUUGUGGACACAUUACAAAAGAGAAAGAAAAAAAAAGAUAUAGAAAAAAAAACAAUAUAUUAAAUAAACAGGUUAAUAAGGUAAAGCACCGAAAUAUUGAUUUACAACAAAUUUAUGGAUUUAAAAAGAAUAAAAAUUGUGGUAAAAAAUGGAGUGUUAAAAAAAAUAUAUUCUUUAGUAAUUCUUUAAAAAAGGAUCAUAUUUUUAAUUACUCAUAUGCCGAGAGUCAAACAAGUAUAAAUAUUAUAAAAAAAAAUAAAGGAAUAAAAAAUAAGCAUCCCCAUAAAUUUUAUGAUAAUUUCAGAAACAAUCAUAAAAAUGAAUAUAAUUCUACUAGUCAAAGUGAUUACUGUUGUAAUGAUAAUGAUAAUGAUGAUGAUGAAUAUACGUCUAAUAAUUGUAGUGAUAGUGAUACUUCAGGAUGUCCAGAUUUUAAAGGAAUAAAAAGGAAUCAUCACGAUAUUCAUUGUAACAAUAAAAGAGAAUUAAAAAAAAAAAAUGUUUAUCAAGAUGAAUACAAGAAAAAACAAACAGAAUGUACUUUUCAAAUAUUAGACAUUUUUCAAUCAAAACAACCAUAUAAACUUAUAUCUAUUUUAAUGUUAUAUAAUAAUCAAAUAUAUUAUUUAUUAAAAACAUAUGAUGAAUAUACUAUUUAUAUGUUAUGUGAUCAAGAAAGUAAUGAAACCAAUAAAGAGAAAAUCAUAAAAUCUGUACAGUAUUUAUUAAAAAAUGGAUUUGGUAUAUUAUUAUUUGGUUAUAAAGUUGUUCCAAAAAAUGAAUAUGAAAUAUAUAAAAAGAACUGUACAAAGGAAAAUAAAAAAAAUUAUUUCCAAAAUGUAUUUAAUAGGAAUGUUACUAUAUUAGGUAUUUUUUCCUUCAAAGAAGAAAUUAAAAAUGGUUCAAAGCAAAUUAUAAAUCUUUUUAAAGAAGCUGGUAUAAAAACAUGGAUUUUAUCUAGUGACAAAAAAAGAAAUCUUCUAUCCAUUUGUAAAUCGAUAGAUUUAAUAAAAGAAGGUACUAUCACUUGUUAUUUGAAUAAAAAUAAAUUAAUAAGAAUAUAUAAAAAGGAUAAUACAGCUACAACAACUACUACUACGACUACUACUAUUAAUAAUAAUAAUAAUAAUAAUGAUAUAUUGUUUGAUUGUUACAAAAAUGAAAAUGUAAUUGAAACUUAUAUAAAUAAAUCAUACAAUAAUAAAAUAACAAGCAUAGAUAUGUGUAAACAAAAAUGUUCUAAUGAUACUUUUCUUAUAUUGAAUAAUACUAAUAUCAAAUUUGAUGAUAUGAAUUCCACAUUAUUACUAUCUAAUAAUAGAAUGAAUAUAUCAAAGGAAAUGACUUAUUGUUAUAAGAAUAUAAAUACAUGUAAUAUAAAUAAAUGCCCUCAACUUUUGAAGAAUAAUGAUAUAUGCAAAAAAAAAAAUGUAGAUAACAAAAUGGUACAGAUGGAACAGGAAAAUUGUGAAAGAUCAUUAUUAAAUAAUAAUUCUAAUAGUUUUAAUAAAAAUGUCUGCAUUCAUCAGAAUAUAUUAAGAUAUAUUACUAUCAGAGGGAAAGGUUCCCAUGAUGCAAGAAACGAAUUAGAUAUUUCUUAUAUUUUAAAAAAGGAUAAAAAAGCUUGUUAUAUUUUAAAGUGUAUGUUAUAUUAUAAUUUUGAUGAAAAUUAUAAAGGCAAUUCAAAAGUGCAUAAUAAUUAUAGUAAAGAGAAAAUAAAUAAUGAUCUUAUGAAAUUGAAUGAUAUAAAAAGUGUUGUAUAUAUAAUUAGUGGUGAUAUUGUUGAAUAUUAUUUAAAGUAUGAUGAAAUUAAUUUUAUAAAUGUAUUAAAAAAUUCAAAGCUGGUUUUAUUUUAUAAAUGUAAUUGUAUUGUUAAGGGUAAAAUUGUUCGUGCUCUAAAAAAAUAUAGUAAGGAUAAUAUAUGUUCUGUUGGAAAUAAUAUAAAGGAUAUAAAUAUGUUUAAAGAGUCUGAUAUAUGUAUAUUUAUAGAUAAUAAUAAUAAUAAUAAUAAUAAUGAUAGUAAUUACAAUGUGUGUAAAUUAUAUGCUGAUUUGGUAUUAAAAAAUUUUGAUGAGUUAGGUAAUUUCUUUUUUAUAUAUGGAAAAAAAAUAUAUGUAAAUUUUAUUUUAUUAAUAAAAGGCAUAUAUUAUAGAGGUAUGAGUUUACUUUUCUUACAAUUUUAUUUUUCUUACUUUUUUAAGUGUAAAAUUUGUAUCUUUUCAAAUACAUUUUUAUUUAUCUAUUUUGUAUUAUUUUUAAUGAUGACAAGUAUUUGUAUUAUUUGUUCUUUAAAAUGUAAUGAUAAAUAUGAUGAUAUUCUAUAUAAUAGUAAUAAGAAUGUAUUAAAUAAGAAUUUUUUAUUUAAGAACCUGUUAAAAAUAGAUAAUUUUACUCUAAUAUCUUUUUAUAAAACUUUAUUGUUUUGUUUAAAUGAAUCUUGUUUAAUAUUUAUUCUAAGUUAUUAUUAUUUUUUAAAUAUAAAUUAUGAAAUAAAUACAUUAACAACCUUAUUUAUUACACAUAUAUUCAAAUCUUUAUUUCUAUUUAUUGAGACAUAUAAUUAUUUAAUCAUAUUUAUUAUAAUACAUUUAUUAUUUAUUAUUAUAUAUAUUUUCAUAUUAUUACUUUUACACAAAUAUCAUUUUAUAUACUUUAAUAUAACAAUAGAAAUUAUAAAAAAUAAUCUAAUUGUUAAUAGUAUAAUUAAUUUUCCAUCAUGUAUGUAUUAUAUAUAUAUAUAUAUAAAAAAAAAAAAAAUACAACAAUAUCAUCAAUAUGAAAAAAAAAUUCAUAUUAAAUAA